CGACCAAGAAUUUUCGUGUGGUGUCGAAGCAACAAUAAAGUGCUUAUAAGAUAAAAAGACUCGUUUGUCUUGAUCACCUCGUUCCCGAAAACAAUUAGCACUGGAGUUCACGCGCGGAGAGCCACACGCUCGCCAGCUCGUUCAGAAAGCAAAAAGAAACCCGACAAAGUUUUUAACAACUUUUUAACGACAAGUUUAACAACUAUGCAGAACGUAUUGAGCAGCCCAUUGUCCAAUAUAACAGGAUUCGAAAAAACUUACGUGCAUGAUCUUAUUUGGGAAAAAAUCGACAGAUGGUCAGACCACAUUGCCUUGAUGUGCUCAGUUACUGGUAAAUCAUAUACGUACAGUCAGCUGAGAAAAGUAUGUGGUAAAUUAGCAACAAGUUUAAGGAAAAACAAUCUUCGACCUAGAGAUACUAUCGCCAUUGUUUUACCGAAUAUUCCGGAGCUUGCUAUCAUCGUAUUAGCGGCAAAUGAAGCCGGUUUAUGCACAACUCUAGUCAACCCUGCGUAUACAGAACACGAGAUAAGAAAGCAGUUGGUAAAUGCAGAUGUGCAAGCGGUUUUUACGUUUCCGGCCAAACUCGCUGAUAUCCAAGCGAGUAUUGCAAACAAUUCCAAAAUAAAGCUACCUAUCAUUCUUGUAAACGAUACUACUGCUGAUGCUGCCCCAAUCUCGGGAAUCAUUAAAUUCGACGAUCUCGUAUGCGAAGACAUCGAGGAAUUUUCAAUUAGUCAGGAAAUCGGUGUCGAUUAUGAAGAUACGGUGCUUCUGCCUUAUUCGAGCGGCACGACUGGUAUACCAAAAGGCAUUGAAUUAUCCCAUAAAAAUCUUGUUGCAAAUAUUUUGCAAUUCUCACAUCCGGUGGUGUUUCCCGGAAGGCCAACAACUAAGGACUAUCAGGAUAUUAUACCAGUGAUACUACCAAUGUUCCAUUCUUACGCGUUAAUAUAUAUUAUAUAUGGGUAUUUGCGGGCAGGUGCUAAGCUGGUGUGCAUGCCACGAUUCUCCGUGAACGAGUUCAUAAAACUACUCGAAAAUCAUCAGUUCACGAUGUUGCACACUGUACCCCCAAUAAUACAAAUAAUGGUGAGCAACGAGCUAAUAAAACCGCACUAUAUUGCACACGUUGAAGUAGUAAUAGUGGCAGCUGCGUCCAUCGGUAAAGAAACCAUCGCGAAAUUUCAAAAUCGCUUCAAAAAUACGAGAUUCAUCCAAGGAUACGGCGCCUCGGAGCUAUCUCCGGUUGCUACAUGUGGUAUUCUAGAUACGCCACCCUCAUCAUGUGGUUUCCUGAUCCCAAAUACGAAAAUAAGGAUCGUAGGAUAUGAGGACAAUAAUCUGGGUAAGAAUUUGCCUCCGCACAAUGUGGGAGAGAUAUACGUGCAGGGUCCUCAAGUGAUGAAGGGAUAUUACAAAAACCCUGAAGCCACGGCAAGCACCAUGGACGGGGACUGGUACAAGACCGGUGAUCUGGGAUAUUAUACAGAAGAUAGCUUGCUGUACAUAACUGGACGAUUGAAAGAAAUAAUAAAGGUGAACGGCUAUCAAGUUGCCCCCGCGGAAUUGGAAGAAAUAAUACGCAAAUGCGAUAAAGUAAAGGAUGUAGCUGUUAUAGGAGUGGCGCAUGACAAAUACGGAGAAAUCCCAAAAGCCUUCAUAGUUCCUGUAUCAAAAGAGAAUAUUAGCGAGGAUGAAAUAAAAAAAAUUGUUGCUAACCGUGUAACCAAAUACAAGCAAUUAGGAUAUGUACAAUUCAUAACAAGCAUUCCCAAAAGCGCGUCUGGAAAAAUUCUUCGAAGAGAGCUUGAAAGAUUGUAACAAGUUCUUUGAAUUGCGUGAUGCAAUUGAUCACAAGGAAUAAUCAAUAAACAUUCGGUAAAUAGCGAUUCAUACGUUGCGAUUACCAACAAUAUCAACAAAAAUAUUAUAAUACUUGUAAUAAAUAGCGCCGUGGGCGGUGGCGGGAUCCUGGGAGGCGUUGGGGAGUAAGUGGGAAAUAAAAAGGUGAAAAAGAAUUCGGACUAAACAUUUUUUUAAGUAAACUUCUUUACAUAGAUAUACAAUGCAUCGUCACAAGAUUCUAUCAACCGUUAGUACAUGUUGAUCCGGUUGUAUAAUGUAAGGCUAAAUUUAGUUUUUAAGGAAAUGAACAAAAUGCAAGUUACAACCGACCGGUCUUAACAAAAGAGCAAGAUACAUCUUAAGAAGCGAGUGGGAGCAUGUAUGUAUACUAUUUUGAA